AUGUUAUUACAUGAAGCCUUUUUAGUUGGGACUAAAGAUUCAAUUUGUGAUAAUCCCUACAUAAGUUCGGUAAUUUCUCAUCAUCUCUCUUUGUCUCGGAAGUCCAAAAUUGAUGAUCAGACAGUCACAGGAGGUGAUCUCAUUCGAUUACAUUUUGUCUUUAAUUCUCAGAGCAUAAUAUGGAAAGUGAAAGACACCUAUUCAUCUAGACCCGAGUUGUCUAGGCCUGAGUCGUCUAGGCAUGAGUCUAGGUCUGAGUUUGAGGAGGAACCUAUAGAGGUAGCUCGAGAGGAUAGAUAUACUGAAUACACUCGUUCACUUUGCAAAAAGAAAAAGACUUCUAAAGUUUGGAGUGAGUUUAAACAAAUCAGAAAUGAACAUGGUGAGGGGACAUCUCACCUCAAACGUCAUCUUUUGGAUUCUUGUCCUAAAAGACCUCAUGGGCCACUUGGUGGAUGGAAAGAAAUUUUGUUGUUUGUUGUUGAUGGAGAUCAUCCAUUUGCCAAGGUGAAAGAAAAUGGAUUUAGGAGAAUGAUGCGCAAGGCUAACCCUCUGUUUCAGCCUUUUAGCAUAACCACUCUUACCAGAGAUCUUUUUUCGAUGUAUUUUGAGGAGAGGGAAAGACUUAAAGCCCUUUUGAAAAGUCUGGCUGGUCGUAUAUAUUUGACAACUGAUAAUUGGAAGUCAAAGCAUUCUUGGCAAAAUUAUAUUUGUAUUAUGGCGCAUUUUGUUGACCAUAAUUGGAAGUUGCAUAAGAAAAUUCUGAGGUUUAGAUCAUUAUCUCCUCCAUACACAGGAGAAAGCAUUUUCGAGGAGAUUUUGAUCUUUUUAUGUCAAUGGAAUAUGGGUGUGAGUGUUGAUAAUGCCAUAUAUAACGAUUCAAUGAUGAAUCGUCUUAAAAUUCGCCUUAAUUCAAGAGGGAUGUUGAACAUCAUGGAGAAAAUUAGGAGUUUGCUGCAAAUGAUUUUGAAAUCUACUAGCAAGAGUAAGGAGUUCUAUGAGCUAGUACAAAGAAAUUUUCACUUAGAUGAUAAAAGAAAAAUUAAUCUAGACAUGUAA